UCUAUACCAGCCAAUCACAUGCUGUGGGCCGGACUUCGCCAACGCUUUAAAAGCCGCUCCCAGAGGCGGUUCCAUCAUUCCAGUCCCUGUGUUCCACGUUGAACUGUAACCGGUGGAGGACAAUGGCCCGGACCAAGCAGACAGCGCGCAAAUCGACCGGAGGGAAAGCUCCUCGCAAACAGCUGGCGACGAAAGCGGCGCGAAAGAGCGCUCCAGCCACGGGCGGAGUGAAGAAGCCUCAUCGCUACCGGCCCGGCACCGUGGCUCUGAGAGAGAUCCGGCGCUACCAGAAAUCCACCGAGCUGCUCAUCCGCAAACUGCCCUUCCAGCGCCUGGUGCGGGAGAUCGCUCAGGACUUCAAGACAGACCUGCGCUUCCAGAGCUCGGCCGUCAUGGCCCUGCAGGAGGCCAGCGAGGCUUACCUGGUGGGGCUCUUUGAGGACACCAAUCUGUGCGCCAUCCACGCCAAGCGAGUCACCAUCAUGCCCAAAGACAUCCAGCUGGCCCGCCGCAUCCGUGGGGAGCGCGCCUGAACCCGGCCUCUGUAACACCGAUAACAAACGGCUCUUUUAAGAGCCACCGACUCUGCUGAAGAAAGAGCUGUGUCCCCAUUGUCUUUCUGUAGAAAUGGCAACUCGACGACUACUAAGUGUAGUCAACCUGGUAACUAAUAUUUCGGCUGUAAAUUACAAUUCUCAAAUUGCUGGAUCGGAUAGAAUAGUACCACUAGUCCGUUGUCUGGACGGGACCCCAACUAUUAAAGUGGAGAGCAGGUAGGUUUUGUAUGUCCACCAGAGAUUACAUUCCUUGUGCUUUCUGAUAAACCACCUUGCGUUUGCACUCUUUGGUUAAGUACUGGUCCGCCCAGGUGCCCGCUAUGCGGAGCUGGUAGCAUCUUUAAUCGUUUCUUACUGGCGAGUCGUGGGUUGCGAAUCUCGCCGUUACCAGGGAUGCGGGGGACCCAUGUUUGUAAAUAGGGGAGUUGCACGUAAGGUCAUCGGGUCAAAGCGCCGAACGCACGGAGUAGCUCAAUCCAUGUGGAGGACAUGGCUGCCUCGGCAUACACUUAACACACGGGACGCGUACCUUCUUACCUGUUAAAACCGCCAACAUUGUCAUUUUUUUGUGUGCUAUAAAUAUUUGUGGGUGCUGUCAUUGAAAGCGGGGAGGUUUGCUCUGAACCCGAGCACCACGGUGUAAGCACCGAAGGAGCUCAGCCCUCGCGCUCCUCCUCCUCCUCGUGACCUCGACUUUGCAAUCUCUAGCAAUGUUACAACAUUUUGAUUUAAAUCUUUAUAUUUGAAUUUCACAGAAAUUUGCAUACAUACAAUGAUAACAGUGACAGUCAAGGCAUAAUUGUGCAACAGUAUGUAAGCGACCCUCAAAACCCGUACCCUUACCCACCUUCAACCCACCCGAAUCGGGUCGGAACCAAACGGGGACAAACAACACUCGCAUACAUACACAUCCACACAAAUAUGACAAGAU